UUUUAUUUUUAUUUUUAUUUUUAUUUUUAUUUUUAUUUUUUUUUAAAAGAAAAAAAAAAAUACCAUAUACAGUACAUAACCAUGUCACUUGCAAAACGUAAAAGGGUUGAUACUUUGAAUGGUCAUCAUAACGACAAGUUAACGAUUUCUGUUUCUGACGAUUCAAGGGAUGCUUCUGAAGAAGAUAAUGAUAUGCUUGAUACACCUUCUUCAGUGUCUUCCUCUCAUAUUGGAAAUGGUGUUAAUAAUAAUAUUUCUAUGCCAGCUCAUAAGAAAUCAAGAAGUGACAUUACCGAAGAUAAUGCUGCAAGUUCUCCUGAUAUAUCACCAGAAACUUUAUUUGUUCAAAAUACAUCAUUGUCUGGAAAAGAAAAGAUUGAACAAAUUGCAAAAAUGUAUCCAUUCAAAAUAAAUCCUCCACCAACUGAUAGGCCUGUUCGCAUUUAUUGUGAUGGUAUAUAUGAUUUAUUCCAUUUUGGACACGCAAAGUCUCUAGAACAAGCGAAAACAGUUAUUCCAAACGUUUACUUGCUUGUAGGAGUGUGUGAUGACGAGACAACUCAUAAGAAGAAGGGUAAAACUGUUCUUAAUGAGAAGGAACGUGCAGAAUCAAUAAGGCACUGUAAAUGGGCGGAUGAAGUUAUUGAACAUGCACCUUGGAUAGUAACUCAAGAAUUUUUGGAUCAACAUGAGAUUGAUUACGUGGCACACGAUGCUAUCCCUUACUCUUCUGGUGACAUAUCUGAUGUUUAUAAAUUUGUAAAGAAGCAAGGCAGGUUUUUACCUAUACAACGUACUGAAGGUAUAUCCACUUCCGAUCUCAUAACACGGAUCGUUAGGGAUUAUGAUCAAUAUAUUAGACGUAAUCUCGAAAGAGGUGUUUCACCAAAAGAAUUGAACAUUGGUUUCUUAAAGGAGAAAGAAAUCAAUAUGAAAAAAUCAAUUUCCGAUAUUCGAUCUUCGAUUCAUCAAAAUUGGCAUGGAACCAAAGUGGAAUUAUCGAAUGAUUUUUCAGGAUUUAAAAAUGAGUUAGCACAAACGCUUGCAAUUUGGGAAAAUCGGAGUCAGGAGUAUGUUAGGGGAUUUGCGGGAAUGUUUGGCGCCGAGGGUGUAAUGUAUAAGAUUUUCCGCCGAAGUUCCCGGGGAGGAUCUGUUACGGAGGAAGAUUCACAAUCAAAUAAAAAUAAUUCUUCGGAUGAGGAUCGGUUACAUCGUUCAAGAAGUGUCUCUCCCGUGAAGAGGGUAAUUGACUAUAUCAAAGGAGACCAACAGGAUCAACGGGAACAAUCUGAUUAAUCAUUUCCUUAAAUACUAUUAUUUUUUAAGUAAUUCAUAUAAUUUAGAGACAUUAUUAUUACACUUAUAAUAUCAUUAUACUUUGUUCAUUUUUAUCAAAUUAUCAAAUGGAUUUUUGUGAAUUAUAUUCAUUAUUUAAUUUUGUAAAUUUUAUAUAAACUUAAAAGUAUUUAUUACUAUUGUUUAA